AUGAUGAUGAAAGACUCUAGCAGCAAGAGCCUCCUCUCCAAGGCCGACCAGAGCCAAUGCAGCAGCAAGGCAACGAUUGCUACCGCCAGCAUGUCCGAAUUCGACGACAUGAGUGACAAUGAUACCCUCGGCGAUGAUCUCGAUGAUCUGGACAAGGAACUGCUCAACUUUCGUUCCGGCAGAGCGACCGUCAACAAGCGAGAUUCCGUACGACCGGGAUCCCUGAGUCCAGCACUACUACGACGACGACCCCGCAAGAUCACCGCUUCCGGCAGUCUGAGUCCCAAAGGACGCCCUCAGGCAGGUCCUGGCUUUUCACGUUCCAACACGGUCAUGACUCCCCAAGAAAGACGACGCCGCAUGCCGUCGGUCAACACCGACCUGGACGACGAUCUACUAGGAGAUUCCAGCAAGACAAACGCAGUGGUGGUGGAUGAAACGCCCGCCACAAGUCCCGACGAGUGUCUCCAGGAGCUGCUUCAAGGAAUCUGUGCCACCACACUCCAGAGCGAGUUCUGGGAAGCCUACUUUACGCCCGUUACGGACGCUCGUUUAAAGGCACAUUCGCUCAAGGUCAGUCACGCCAUUCGCAAGAAUCGAUUUCCCACAUUGAAGGAACUCCAUCACAAGGGCAUGUCACUCAAUGGGUGCAACAGUCACGGAGAGAGCAUGAUUCACUUGGCGUGUCGAUUGGGACGACAAGAGAUUGUCGAAUUCAUGAUUGGAGGACCCGCUCAAGUCUCGCUCCGUGUCCAAGACGACACCGGCCGUACACCCCUGCACGAUGUCUGUUGGACCAACAAGCCCAAUUUCGAUCUCAUCAAGGUGAUUCUCGAACAGUGUCCCGAACUCUUGUUUGUUCAAGACAAGCGCGGAUACACGGCACUUCGGUACAUUCCACCCUCGUGUUGGAAGGUAUGGUGCGAUUGGCUGGUUCAAGAACAAGCAUGGAUCAAACUCAAAGUCAAGGAUUCCGGGUUUGCACACACACGGGAUGUACUCGAUGAUGCCCAACAACGACUGCAAAAAUUGUUGCAACGUGCGGAGGAGUUUCAGUAA